AUGCUAAAUUCUAAGGUCUUGCAGGAGAUGCGAAACCUGCUCACUACUCAGAGCCAGAAUUUCUACAAGGAGCAGGUCCAGAAGCAGGUGUUGACCCGUUUGGCAUGGAAGAGCCGCUAUGCCAAACUCUACCCGUCCAGCUAUAACAGCUUGGAGCCCACAAAGCUGCCCCAGUUGUCUAAAGACACUCAGGCUAUUACAGCUGCUGUUCCCAGAGCACCCGGGAAGCAGAUUGACCUUCCUCGACCUCCUCCCCUCCCUAAGGAAGGAAAACAGCACCUUGAUGUGCCUCCUCUGAUGAGACCCACAUCUCCUCAGACCAGACAGGCUCUGUAUCAGGACUCCUCCCAUAAUGGAAGAGGACGGAGUUUGUACCUGCGUAAGCGUAGCUACAUCAGACCGGAGGAGAAAUUUGACUUUCCCCUGCUUUCAUCCUGGGAGUAUGGCUGGAGGCUGGGUGACUACACUGUGGAUUACAGAACUCCAUCCUGUGCCCGGUCAUCAGUGGUGAAGAGCACCUUCUACGCUCGAAACGGUGUGUUCAACAACCCUUCUGCUACAGACGUCACCAGCUGA